AUGGAGGCGGCGACGCAGCUUGCGUCCAUAGUCGGUGAGCUGGUGGGCAAGGAGUACCGGCAGCUCCGCGGCGUGGGUGGCCAGGUGGCUGAGCUCAGCGACGAGCUGGACACCAUGAACGCCAUCCUCCGCAUGCUGUCUGAUGCUGAGGAAGGUACCGUGGACCAUUUCAUCCGGGUGUGGAUGAAGCAGGUGCGCGAGCUGGCCUACGAUGCGGAGGACUGCGUGCACCUCUACAUCCUCCGCAUUCGGUGCCGGCCGAAAGACCGGUUUCUCGUCUGGUCCAAGCGCAUGCUUUCGACGCUCUUCCCUCGCCGUAGACUAGCUCGUGAGAUUGAGGCGCUCCGCGCUCGUGCUGUGGUGAUCAGCGAACGGCAUGCGCGUUAUGGCGUCAGCCGUGAGGCAUUACUACGUGGCUCUACUUCUUCUUUACCUGCUCCAGCACCGGUUCCCGGCCAUGCGCUCGGCCGGUUGGCAGCGAACGGCCAUGACCAACUCGUCGGCAUCACGGACAAGGCUAACAAACUAGCAGAGAAGGUGGAGGAGGUGAGUGAGAAUGAGCAUGACAAGAAGCUCAAGGUGUUCUCCAUCGUGGGGUUCGGGGGGCUCGGGAAUGCUACACUGGCGAUGGAGGUGUGCCGGAAGCUGGAGGGAUCGUUCCAACGCCAAGCGCUAGUUUCUGUGUCCCAGGCAUUCCACGACAAUAAGGAUCUCGAGGGAUUGCUGAAGCGCAUGCUUCAGCAGAUCGUGGAGCUGAAACCAGAUAACGCAAAAGGCAUCAAGGAAGAGGACCCGCUAGAUGGGAUCAACGAGAUGGGUGUAGACCUGCUCACCAUCAAGCUCAACGAGCUUCUCAGGGACAUAAGGUACACACACUACAUAAACUAUCUAUCUGUUUCUUUUCUUUUUACAUCCCCUAUUCCUAAAAGUAAGAUGUAUUUAGAAUACCUCAUUGUGGUGGAUGAUGUAUGGACAGUAGCAGCAUGGGACACAAUCGGAUCCAAGUUGCCCGACUACAACAAUGGCAGCAGGAUCAUUGUGACCACUCGGAUAGAGAUUGUGGCAAAUGCAUGCAGCGGUUCUAGUGUUGAUGGAGAUUGUAUUUAUAGGAUCAAGCCCCUUGAUACUGGCGACUCCAAGACAUUGUUCCUCAGCAGAGUACUUCGUUCCAAGAGUGACACUUUGCCCAAUAAUCUGAAAGCUGAAAUGAACAAAAUUUUGGAAAAAUGUGGUGGUCUGCCAAUGGCCAUUAUUAGCAUUGCCAGCAUCUUGGGGAGCUAUACAUCGUCCGAGAGCAAAGAUACAUGGGAAAGAGUUCGCAAGUCAAUCGGCUCUCAAAUGGAGAGCCACCCUACCCUUGAGGGGAUGAAGCAGAUUGUUACUCUCAGCUAUAACCACCUGCACUAUUAUCUCAAGGGUUGCAUGAUGUACGUCAGUAUUUUCCCGAAGGAUUAUGUCAUCGUCAAGAAUCGGCUCUUGAGGAGAUGGGUUGCAGAAGGAUUGGUAGCUGAGAUCCGGGGUUUGACCUUAAUGGAGGUUGCAGAAGCCUACUACAACGAAUUGGUGAGUAGGAGCAUGAUUGAUCGGGCUGGUGAUAUAGUCAACCAUUAUGAUGGGAGGUUGGAGACGUGCCGUGUACACGACAUGGUACUUGAGGUCAUGGUGUCCAAAUCCCUGGAGGCUAACUUUGUUAGCCUAGUAGGUGGCUCUUACGAAGGGAUGUCAUAUGGUAGCAUUCGCCGCUUGUCCAUCCAUGCUGGAGAAGAGGUAGUAUCCAUGGAAUCCCCAUCCAACAAAAUUACAUCAUCGCAUGCUAUGAAGAAUGGCAUUGAGGGGAUGAAGAUGGAGCAUGUCCGAUCACUGAGCAUGUUUGACCUCAGAGAUCACAUGAGGGUGCUUGAUCGUCUCGGUGAGUUCAGCCUGCCAAGGGUACUUGACCUGGAAGACUGCAUGGGCAUAGAAAACAAGCAUUUGAGGCAUGUGUGCCGGAUGUACCUGCUAAGGUUCUUGAGCAUGAAAGGUACAAGUAUCGAUGAGAUGCCUCCUGAAGUUGGUGACCUGGAGAAUUUGGAGACGCUUGACGUACGUGAGACAAACCUUGAAGAUCUACCAGAAACUGUGUCAAAGCUAGAGAAACUUGAACACCUGCAAAUAAAUAACAAGGCUGACAAGUACUUAGGGUGUUGGAUUGCACGCAGGGGCUUGGGUAGGAUGAAGGCACUGCGGAUGGUGAAUACAGUAGUUUUUGGAUCUUAUUCCCUGAGCAAGAUGUAUUCCCUCCGGUGGCUCAGCAUUGGCAGUAAAGGAUAUAAGGACAGUGAUGCGUUGAACUUUCUAGAUGGCAUCAACCCGCCGCCGCCACUCCUCGAGUAUCUUAGGAUCGGCGCCAGCAUUGACGAAUUGCCCAACUGGGUCAGCUCACUGAAUAAUCUUGUUGAGAUUGUCAUUGCUUGGACAUACUUGUUUGGUGCCCAACUGUUCGGCCCAGUAUGUGAGCUGCCAAAUCUGAAGCGCAUGCACUUGGAGAGGUACUCCUGCAGGGAUGCAGAGCUGAUUGCAGAAACUGCCUACGCCUUUCCUGCUCUCAAGGACCUGUACGUGAACUUUUUAUAUGAAGAUAUAGAAGUUCUUCUAUUUCAGGAAGCAUCAAUGGCAAAGCUCGAGACACUCUCGGUGAGAUUCCCCACCGAUGUUUUUAAGGAAGUCGCUGGCAUGGAGCAUUUGAGAAGCCUUAAAGAAGUGCAGCUCAUUGGUAGGAAAGGCAACUCUUCACUGGGCUAUGCACUGGAUCAACUAAAGAAACUGAAUGAGAAGCGCCAAGAAUCCAAUAUGAUCAAGGUUGCAGUGAAAUACGAGUGA